AUGGCUAGACUAAGCUCCAUGAACUUUGUCUUGAUAUUUUUAUUGAGUUUCAUGAUUAUGUCAUCCGAAUUAGCUCAAAGUCAAGGGCAUGAUUAUGGGACUGCGCUCACCAAGUCAUUGUUGUACUUCGAGGCUCAACGGUCGGGCAAACUGCCUCCUAAUCAGAGAGUCCAAUGGCGUGGCGAUUCUGCGCUUAAAGAUGGUGGCGAGGCUGGAAUCGAUCUGGCCGGAGGAUACUAUGACGCCGGCGACAAUGUCAAGUUCGGUUUCCCAAUGGCCUUCACGAUCUCGAUGCUCUCGUGGAGCGUCGUGGAGUUCAAAGACAAGCUGCAAUCCAAAAAUGAGCUCCCGAAUGCGCUCGCCGCGAUAAGGUGGGGCACGGACUACCUGAUCAAAGCCCACCCUCUGCCUGAUGUCCUCUACGGCGAGGUUGGUGACGGCGACUCCGACCACUCGUGCUGGCAGAGGCCUGAGGACAUGACCACCCCCCGAACAGUCUACAAGAUCGACGACCAGCACCCGGGGGCCGAUCUUGCCGGGGAAACUGCGGCGGCAUUCGCGGCGGCUUCGGUCGCCUUUGCCCCGACGGAUUCUAAUUACUCGGCUCAGCUUCUAACUCAUGCAGAACAGCUCUAUGGUUUCGCUCGGAGCCACCCCGGCCAGUACCAAAAUAGCAUCCCCGUAGCAGGGAAGUUCUAUUCUAGCUCUGGAUAUCAGGACGAGCUACUGUGGGCAGCUGCAUGGCUUCAUCGUGCGACCGGGAACAAAGUGUACCUCGAUUACCUCGGCAACUCCGGCGACAGCGGCGGCGUUCGGACCCAGUUCUCGUGGGACGACAAGUACGUCGGUGCCCAAGUCCUCGUUGCCAAGCUAGUGUUGGAAGGCCAAGUUAAGGACGCAGGGCCAUGGGCACAAUACAAGAGCAACGCAGUUGAGUUCAUGUGCCGCUGCAUCCAGCAAGCCACCACCAAUUUCAAAAAGACCCCUGGUGGAUUGCUGUGGUUUCAGCCCUGGAAUAAUCUCCACUACACCUCGAACGCUGUGUUCGUCGCCGCGGUGUACGCUACCUACCUCAUCAGCCAUGAUUAUGUCGAGGUCCCUUGCUAUCGUGGGACCCAAGCGCCCGACGAAUUGCUCGUGUUCGCCCAGUCACAGGUGGACUAUAUCCUUGGAGCGAACCCAAAUAGCAUGAGCUACAUGGUUGGCUACGGGUCAAAGUAUCCGACCCAGGUGCACCACAGGGGAGCCUCCAUCGUCUCGAUCAAGAAUGACUCGACGCCUGUCUCGUGCAGCCAAGGAUAUGACGUGUGGUAUAAGAAGAAUGCCUCCGACCCGAAUGUGUUGGAUGGAGCAGUCGGGGGGCCGAACGCGCAAGACAACUACUUGGACAUAAGGUCGAAUUUUGAGAUGGCUGAGCCUGCAACCAUUAACACAGCACCUCUUGUUGGAUUACUGGCUAAUUUUGGUAACUAA